AUGAAGAUCUUCCUGGCCCUUUUUGCGACCGUCCAUUUCCUCUCCUUCCUGGUCACGGCACAUCCGUUCGUUAUCGUCAAACCACAGAUCACGCAAGGCGCUGUGCGGUAUCCUCAAACAACGAACCAUCAUUAUAAGCGGCAAGGAUUACUUGACAGUUUGGAAAGCGCAGCAAAUAGCUUGCUUGGAGUUGGAGGCCAGACAACCACUUCGUCGAGCAAGAAAAACGAGAAGACGACUUCCUCAGCCUCCCUCAAGACCUUGGUUGCACCAGCCGUAGCCUCCACCACAAUUUCCACGCAGUCUCCACGCACUACCUCUACAAAGGACAGCGAUGACGACGACCACCACGAUAAUAACGAGCCUUCAACAAGCACAGAAUCAAGUACCUCGACAACGGAUGUGUCCGCAACCACUACUGAAUCCAGCACAACAACUCAAUCGGAAUCCACGAUCAGCUCAACGACAACCGCCCUGCCGGCGUCCACUACUUCAACAUCUCAGCCUGCACCAUCAACCUCAGUAACCGCGACACCAACAGCAUCAGCAAGCAUAUCCAACGACUCGGGCGAUCGCGUUCCACCCGCCGGCAUAGCCGUUGCAGUCAUAAUGUCCUUGCUGAUCCUCGCGCUCACAGCAUGGCUCAUCUUCAAAUACCACCCGAAGUGUCAGGCCUGGUGGACAGCCCGACAAGAGCGCCAAUACCGAGAAAGAAGUCAUCGUGAUGCCCUCGAUAGACCUACCGCCAGAUCGAACAAUCCCCGAGAACAAGCACUCGACAGUGGCGUAUCCCGAAGAGCAACCAUGCUCAAAAGUUUCUUCGCCCCAGCCACCGUCCGCCUCGGCGGAGGUCAAGAAAUCAGGCGCAAACCCGUGAACUGGGGCGCGACCAGUCCAACCAUGACAGGAACAGAACGAGACAUCGACGCUGACGGCGAAAAGAUUCCCAUGACGAGCUCAGCAGCACCAAUGGGUCAAAUCGAGAGGUUUUCAAUGUUCCCAAAGUCGAAACAGGAUCGGGAUCAGAAUCAGAAUCAGAAUCAGGUGCAUGAAUUACCUGCAGACAUGGGUACUAUUACUACCUCAACACCAGCACCAAUCAGCCCAGUGAGUCUGAGACCGAAGCCGAGUCUAAGUAGUUUACCGCCCGUAUCGCCGCUGUCGACUCAUGCACGAGGGAGAUCAUCGGCGGCGGCAACAGAGGCGGAAUUACCCUCUCUACCACCGAUACCGACCUUGCCACCUUUGACGCAUGCGAAGAGGGGAAGUGAUGGGGUGUUUCGUCUGAAUUGA